AUGAUGGGAAAGGAAAUCGUUGCGGUUUCAAAUGAUAAGCCAUUGGACAUCUUAUGUAGUGAACCUGUUCCAGUGCUAUCGUCUUCGGAGGCAACAAACAGCAGUACUUCAACGGUUCUCGCUAGCCAAUCGCUACAAAUGUCGGAUCAUAGUGAGCAAUUCAACAAAGAGUCUUCAGUAGUUACCGACCCAUCCACUGACACUGUUUCCCUGCGUCUUUCGGAAGAACAGUCCGCUUCAAUCAACAGCGGCCGACAGAGUAUACCUAGAAGAAAAUCUUCCGCACCGAAGAAAACGCCAAACUCCAAAGUAAUAGUCGAGAUCGCCAAACUGCAGUCCUGUACGUCGCUGGUUAUUCCUAAGCUUACUUUUGCCCGUGUCAUACGGGAAGUUCUGAUGGACUACGUCGGUAAAGGGUUUCGCAUCACUGCGGACGCACUGCUGUGUUUUCAAGAAUCGGCGGAAAUCUUCACCGUACAACUGAUGGAGGACGCCUACCGUUGCACAAUACAUCGUGAUAGAAACACACUGAUGCCGAAGGAUAUGCAGCUGGCGAUGCUGUUUCGCUUCAGAAAAGGCGAUUGA